AUGUAUGGUACUGCGAAGAGGGCGGCGCGCAGCCGUCGGCAGCAAAUGGCCGCUGCAGCCGGGGGCGGAGCGGCUGGCCCAGAGGCUAGCAGGGCGUGCAGAGCACAGCCAGCGCAGCACAACUCGAGGGUCUCCGCUGCCGCUGCUGCCGUCAGCCCCUGCCGCGCCGUGCUGCAGCCACACAGGGAUAUUGCGGGCUCCGUUCUCGCGCCAAGGAAAACAAAUGGCGCGCCCGCAGAGUCGUUCGCCGGCAGAACAAUUACUCGCCCCAGAAUGGAGCUGCCGCCCGCCGCCGCCGCCGCCCCUACCUCCACCUCUGGCACUCUCUCGCCAAUCUCCUGUGCGCUUGUCGGGCGCGUUUAUCAGAUUUACGGCCGCGACAUGCACUGGGACGCCGCACAGCUGCAGCCCCCUGGCCCGGCCCUUAUCUCACUUAGCUCCUGCUGCCCAUAA